GAAGUAAUUAGGCUAAGGCUUAUAACAGAACUUUUGUGUCAGCUCGAUCUUGUUGAAAAGAUCUCGCAGCAACCACGUAAAAUGAGAACUUUGAGGAAGUAAAAGUCCAUGGUUAAAAGCCAGUCGCGGCUCCCGCACACCACCAAACAAGUCCAGAUUGUGUCUGUGUGUGUUACAAUCCUGCUCUGUUUCGCGAGAACCAGCGAAAGAUGACGUCCACGGAUGAAAAGAAAGCCCCGUCCUCAGCUGAGGCGGCGCUCGGUGGAGUCUUUCCGGACGAGAUCGCUGCUAUCAAGGAGGAGGCCAAAACCGGCAAACGGCGGCGGCUGAAAAUCAUGAUCAUUGCGGCCGUUAUUGUGAUGGCCGCUCUGGCAGGGGGUGCCAUCUUCUUGGGCAUUCACCUCACUGCUAAGUCUGUUGUGACGCGCUCACUGAACUUCUGGGAUGGAAAGCAGCUCUUGCACGAGACCGUUGAGACCGACAACUCUGCGGGGACAGACGCCUUCUACACCGAGGGUUCCAGGGGAGAGGCUGCGGUUAUGUACGAUCAUCACAAGCUGAUGAAAGCAUUCAAGUUCUCCCGAAGUGGAACCUGCUUCAUCAUCGAAGAGACAGGGAAUGAGAAGGAAGGAGUGAGGGGGGUAGCAGAGGAACUGGAGGCAAAACAGGACGGUUCAGUGCAGUUUGUUCAGAACGGAGGCGCCAUGCUGAUGACCGUGGAUACAGAGCGGCCAGCCCGCCCGGUCUUGAGUCAGAAACUGCAGGACUUCUGCGGACAGCUCGAGCCGCGCUGGGCCAAACUCACCCCGGCUACUGAGGAGGAACAGCAGGGAGACAGGGUGGAGAUCAUCAUGCCUGCCGAAUCUGCUGCUGAUGAAACAGCUCAGGCGGACGAUCUGAGUGAUCAUCGAGUCAAACGGAAAAUCAAAUUCUGGAUCCGUAGAGGUUGGUUCGGGAGAUUGUUCGUUCGAUAUGUUAUCUGCAGCAUGGCUCCGCCGUCAAGGCCACACUGGGCCCCCAGUUACAAAUACCUGACAUAAGCCGUGGUAGAAGUGCGCAUGCUUUUAAAUAGUCAGGAAAAUGAUUCAUUUUACAUUAUAAAUGAAUGAUACUUUUAAAAUAUUUGUAAGGACCCUGCAAUUCAGCCAAUAGGCUGUGAGAAAGCUUCUCAUUCUGAAUAAACCAUUCAUUCAUUCCUUGCUUUCAUAUAUCAAGUUCUAGUACAUUGUUGUGAAACAUAUACUCGUAUCAAGACACCGAAAUAGUGCAUGCUUGUAUUUCGGUAAAGCAUCUUGGCCUGGUGAAUUGGUUUUAAGGUCAAGGUUGUUUGUGAUUGUGAUUUGUUAAAAAAAUAAUAAAUGAAUGUCUAAACUAUUCAUAAACUAGUAUAGCUGGAUAUUUUGUGAUGUUCUGGAGUGAAUAAACCUAUAUGAGUGAAGUUUUCU